UGUAGUUAUCAGCGGGCGACGUUUGAGCGCUGAACGCCCAGUCGGCUGAUAACUGAUUGCAGGCCUCAGGGAGGGCGGUGGCAGAAGCGAACGUUCGUUUAUCGCUCGCAGAUACUCUCGAUACGACACAUGUCGCAGUACGGUGUCGCUGUUUGAAGUGUGAGUGGAAAGAGGACUUUGUACCCUUUGUUCGACAACAGUCCAGACACUCGAAAUGAUCCAACGCCCUAUUGCAAUACUGUUCUAAGGUGAAAUCAUUUCCAACUCAGCAACUCCUGCCAAUCGUUAGCAAUUUCUCUGUCUUCUUCGACGGCACAAUGACCGCAGAGCUGAGGGCUCAAUUUCUGGAGAAGGUACAAGAGGAACACAGAGAUUUCCACCCUAAAGAUGUAGCUAGGGUUAAUACCGAUGAUGCAUGGCUAAAACGGUUUCUCACUCAUCACGACCAUGUGAUGGAGAGUGCCCUGAAUAUGUUGCUUGAAACGUGUGAAUGGAGAAAAAAUAACAAAGUCAACGAUUUGAAUGAAAACACUGUCCGGAGGGAUUAUUUGGAAGAAGGUAGUCUUUUCAUACAUAACAAAGACAAGGAUGGGAAGCCUUUGUUGAUCUUCAAAUGUUGUAAGCACGUCAAAGGGCAAAAGGAUUUUGAAGAGCUUAAAAAAUGUGUUAUAUACUGGUUUGAGAGGGCAGAAAGAUGUGAAAAUGCAGAUCAGAUAACUAUAUUCUUUGACAUGACAAAUUCCGGCAUGGCCAAUAUGGACAUGGAAUAUACAAAAUACUUAAUUAACUUGUGCAAGCAGUAUUACCCAAAUUUUUUAAAUUAUAUACUUAUAUUUGAAAUGCCUUGGAUUCUCAAUGCUACUUUUAAAAUCAUUAAGUCUUGGCUGCCUACAAAAGCCGUUCAAAAAAUCAAAUUUGUCACCAAGUCAUCAUUGGAUGAAUAUGUGGACAAAAGCCAGUCAUUGAAGAUCUGGGGAGGAAUUGACCCGUACUCAUUUACACUGAUCCCAAUGGAUCAGGUCAAAAUGGAGGAUAACAAGAAAAAGGUCCAUUUUGCUGAUGGUUCACCCCUUUCGGAGUCGAGUCCAGCCAGUUUUGGAGACGCUACACACGAGGAACUCACCAAAACAUCAAGGCUGGCCAUUACACCUUCAGAUGCUAUCGUAUUUAAAUCAGAAUGGAAAGAAAUAUCUGCUGUGAUAAACGUAAAAAACACCAGUGAUGUACCUGUUACCUAUAAGGUUAAAACUACUUCCCCUGAAAAAUUCAAAGUCAGGCAAGGGCUUGGAAUGCUGCCUGUCGGCGGUGAAGUCAUCAUAGAGAUUACAUUGAUCGCCGGUUAUACUUCAGCAAAUAUCGUUCGAGAUAAAUUCCUCAUAUUAAAUUUUCCGCUUGAUUCUGAGGUGCCCAGCACAUCGCUUAAUGAGUGUUGGCGAAGUUGUGAUACAAAAAAGCUCGAACAGCAUUUUUUGAAAUGUAAGGUCGCAUCAUUGACUCAGUCCCUCAAUGGUACGGCCAGUUCUCUUCUGACUUCAGAGGAUCUUCCGUCUCCAGCAAGAACGGACAUUGAAGAAAAAAUUGCCCAACUUCUUAUCAGUGAGCAAAACGUAAGUGAAGAGACCUGUGUUAUAUUUGAAAAUUCCCAAAACUAUUUAGAUAAGAAGUCAGAAAGUUCGAUAGAAGCAAGCAUUUCACAGCUCAUUACAAGUAUGAAUCAUGUGACAGAAUGUUGUUGCCAAUUAAAAUUGGACAUUCGCUUUCUUCAGAGAAUUGUCGUCUUCCUCACAUGUACUACUUUGUGUUUUGGCAUGCUUUUAUGUUAUCGGUAAACAUAGCCUUUAACGAUGUUCCUGGUCCAAAAGUAACGUAGUGUAAAGCUCAAACGAAAAUGCAUAUUGUAAAUAUUGACAGUUCUUAAAUACACAUCAUUAAGAUCCAGCAACUGGU